AUGUUUCUCUUGGAUUGGUUUUAUGGAGUUUUGGCGUCUCUUGGUUUGUGGCAGAAAGAGGCAAAGAUCUUAUUCUUAGGGCUUGAUAAUGCUGGAAAGACCACUUUGCUUCAUAUGUUGAAAGAUGAGAGAUUGGUACAGCAUCAACCGACACAGUAUCCGACGUCUGAGGAAUUGAGUAUAGGGAAGAUAAAGUUCAAGGCCUUUGAUUUGGGCGGUCAUCAGAUCGCUCGCCGAGUCUGGAAGGACUAUUAUGCCCAGGUGGAUGCUGUGGUCUACCUUGUUGAUGCUUACGACAAAGAAAGAUUUGCCGAGUCAAAGAAGGAGCUGGAUGCCCUCUUGUCAGAUGAGUCACUAGCCAAUGUCCCGUUCCUGAUACUGGGGAACAAGAUUGACAUACCUUACGCUGCAUCAGAAGAUGAGUUGCGUUAUUACUUGGGUCUAACUGGUAUCACCACUGGUAAGGGCAAGGUUAACCUUACCGACUCUAAUGUCCGUCCCAUAGAGGUGUUCAUGUGCAGCAUUGUGCGUAAGAUGGGAUACGGGGAAGGUUUCAAAUGGCUCUCCCAAUACAUCAAGUAG